AAAACUGAAGGUCAUGUGAAGAUCAUUGAAACUAGCACUCUGUUAGUGGUUGAGCAUCUUAGAGAGAUGGUCUUCCAGCUUCUCUUUGAAGACCUCUGGCAAAGGGAGAACUCAUCAUUUCAUGUGGCAGCCUGUGGGGGCAGCCAGUUAUCCUUAGCUGGCCCAGUCUCUCUCUUAGGUUUACUCAAAGAAGAACCCUGUUCCCUGAUGCCCUGCCCACCUUUUAAAUUUCUGGCAACCACUAAACAGGGUGCCUAAGUGGUCUUAAACUGCUUGAGCUACCAAGAUGUAACCGAUGAAGCCAAGCUUGACCUUAGCGGAUGCACUCAGAUCGUGUGUCACUCAAGGAUGGCAAGAAGGAAGUAACAAUAACAGAUGUGCAGAACUUGGUGACACAAGCUGUUUGACCACCACAGAGAAGGGAUUGCCGUGGUUUUUUUGGUCUUGUACUGCACUACUGGGAGAAUGAGGAGCUGAUUCUUCGGAAGCAAGUCCAGAACCUCAAUUUUGCAAGAUCCGGUAUGAUCUACAAGGCUUAAACUCACAAUGAGGUGUUUCUUAUGGCUGCUGUUCCUUCCAGGUUCUCUAGGAGGUGAUCCAUUAUCUUUGAUACCCAAAACCUUAAGUGCUUGGGAGGGAUCUUGUGUGCUCAUUUCAUGCAACAUCGAAGAGGAGUAUAAAAGUCGACCUCUCAACCAGGUGUCCUUUGCUUGGUAUUUUCAGCCUUUAUUUAAUAAAACCCUAAAUGAUUACAACGGAAAGCUCUUAUACAACAGCAACCAGACUACAACUGCAGUCAGUUCUGAGUUCCGUAAUCGAGUGAAAUUCGUGGGUAAUUUAGGAAGAAAAAACUGCAGUUUGAAAAUUUCCCAGCUCCGCCCAAGCGAUACAGGUGAUUAUGGGAUCAGACUUUAUUGGAGAGCUGGAAUGUUGCCUAAUCAACAGAAAUGGCUUGGUAAAGUUACUAUUACCGUUCGUGAGUCCCCUUCAGAACUGAUAGAGAUAGUGUCCACAGAAGGGAAAGAAAACAGUGUGUAUCAAGUGGCAUGUUCAAUACCUUAUAGUUGCUUAGAUGAGCCCAUAACAUUAUCUAUUCAAGGAUUAGAAGAUCAUCAUGUGUGGUCCCCAGAAACAACCACUAAACUCCAAACAGUACAGACUGAACUAUCUUUCAUGGCCACUUGGGAGGACCAUGAGAAACAAUUGACAUGCUUGCUAAAAACUGCUGAUGGGAGAGAAAUAAAGAAACCAUUUGCAAAUCUGGAGGUGAAAUAUGGUCCCAAAGGAGUUAAAGUGAAUGCUGAUCCUGGAGACACAGUCCGAGAAGGAGACAAGCUCACUCUGGAAUGUAUAGUUAACAGCAGUAAUCCGGUGGUGUAUUCUUAUCAGUGGUUUAAGAAUGAUAUACCUUGGAAAGAUUGGCUGUUCGGCUCCAGAAGGGAGUUUGAUAGUUUAAAAGAAACAGAUUCUGGCAGUUACAGUUGUCAAGCUACUAAUGUGAUUGAAAGUGUCAACUCUGGAAGACUGACGAUCAACGUCCAGUAUCCACCAAAAGUCAACAUUAUAAUGUCACACUCACCCAUCCAAGAAAAGGACUAUGUGAGUUUGACCUGUUCAGCCACUGGCAAUCCUUCCAUCAGUGGUUAUGAAUGGUACAAAAGCAGCAAACCUGAUAUUAUCACAGCUAAAAAGGAUCUGCGAUUUGAGGGAAUUCAACCCAGGAAUUCUGGUACCUAUCAUUGUGUGGCCCGCAAUAAAAUUGGCCAGUCAAAUGCAUCUGUCACACUGAAUGUUCGUUAUCGCCCCAAGGAUGUCCAACUUUUUCAUUCAAAUCAUUUGCCCAUAAAGGAAGGAGACAAAGUCAUUUUGAACUGCUCUGUGGGCAGCAGUUACCCCAGCAACAACCGGUACAAAUUUUUUGGGUCAGGUGUUGACACGCCCGAAAGCUGGGACUCAACACGGAUGUUCUUCGCAAAACCGGCACAGUUCACUUUUUACAGAUGCGAAGCAUGUAAUAGUAUUGGCUGCACUUCCUCUCCAUCUAUCACUUUGGAUAUCCUCUAUGGCCCCAAAGAUGUCAAGCUCAGUCGAGAACCGUCAGGGUUGAUCCGCGAAGGUAAUUCUGUUCAACUGAUUUGUAGCGUGAGAAUGGCCAACCCCCAGCAACUCAACUACACCUGGUAUAAAAAUGGGCAACUGCUGCCACUGAACUCUACAGAAAAUGUUCUACUCAUCCAGAAUGCCCGUUCAGUGGAUUCAGGCAUCUACCAUUGUGUAUCGAAAAACAUCAUAACAAAUGCAGAGUCUCCAACUAUUAAGCUGGAAGUGAAUUAUGGGCCUCGUAAUGUUCAUCUAACUCUAGAUCAGAAAGGUGUUACAGAAGGAAUGGAUAUCUAUUUGAGAUGUGAUAAUGAUGCUUACCCAACGGCGGUUACUUACAAGUGGUACUGGAAAGGCGAAGAAAUCUUUAUGGAGGAUUCAAAAAUCCUAGUACUCAGAAAAAUUAAGGUUGCACAGUCAGGAGACUAUCUUUGCAAAGCAUUCAACUCUAUCUCAAAUAAGGAAUCACAACCCAUUACCAUUAGUGUAUCUUACAGCACAGCUACAGUGAUGAAACAAACCUUGAUUAGCCUUGGUGUGGUUCUUGUCCUUAUUAUCUUACUGGGGUUGCUGCUUUAUGGCUGUAAGAAAUGGAAGAAAACAACACGUUCAGACAUUGGAAGUACACAGAGGCCAGGCUCAUUUUUUGUGAGGAAGGCCAAGCGAGAAGUACCACUGAAUAACAACUGCAGACUAAAUGAAGGUAGAACGGGCAGACCCCAAGACUGCCAGAACGAGGAGCAAGACGGCUCCAUUUCAUAUGCAAGACUCCAGUUCUCCCACAGUGGGUUAAACGACCAUACUAUUUACUCCAGGGUCAUGCUCCCAAAUCUUGGACUAGAUUCCUCGGAGAGCAACGUGAUCUACAGUGCAGUAAAGAAACCUGCAUUGCAUCCCAAGAAUGACACCAAGAUGGAUUAUGAGAAUGUGAUGAACAAAGAAGAGGAAUUGCACUAUUCUUCCUUGGUGAACUUGGCAUCACGGCCCCAUCCCAUCAAUGUAGACUUAGAAACAGAUUCUCAAUCAGAAGACAGUAUCCAGUAUGCAGCUCUGAGGCUCUGAUCUACUCAAGUCUGCAGAGAUCAGGACUCUCCAAUUGGGAAGUGGGAUUAGAAUUGGGCGUGUCUACAGCUUUCUUUUUACAACAAAGAAUAGCAGACUUCUGCAGGUAAAAGAAGGAAGUUAAAGUAGGAUAAGGGGCUAAUAAAACCAGCAUUUAUGUUUAUAUUGCUGUAUGUCCAAGUCAACAACAGGAGGUAUAUGGCUGGUAUAAUGGUCAACUUUCAAUAUAUAAACCUAAUUCAGACAGUCUUUUUUUCAUGACUGAUAAAGCUUGAUCUUCUCUUUCUGAUAUUCAAUCAACCCCUUAGAAAUUAUUAUAGAACAGCUCAAGGUGUUCCUAUAGUAAGGACCUUUUCAAGCUAGAGAUCUUCCUCACUGGAGAACCCUAAUUUGCAACUUAGGCCAUCAAAUUGCCAUGUAUUGUAUCUUCUGCCAUGGCACAAUUAAUGUUGUAUCUUCUGCCAUGGCACAAAUAAAAGAACCGUGUCAGAUCUAUUACUAAUCAGUUCUUCAAAACAAAUUAAACAAUAAUCCUAGAUACCGUUUUCCUUCUGUCCUUCUCAGAGUACAGUUAGUUUUGUUCAGCUAGGUACAUUAAAUCCAACAAUCUCA